CACUGCACAACAUUAGCAGUUACCCUGCAGCAUGGAGCAGCUCAAUUUCACCAUGGUGGAAUCGAACACGUCCUCCUCUCCUGAAUACCAACCUGAUGUGGUCCCUGCAGUGCUGCUGUCCAUCUGCUUCCUGCUGGGAGUUCCUGGAAACAUUGCCGUGGUUCUUCUCAGACCCAACUGGCAGCACCUGUCCAGUCUGAGCCAGAGUUUGAUGCUGAAUCUGGCUUUUUCAGACCUGCUCUGCCUGCUGACCCUCCCGGUGUGGAUUUACAUGUUGCUCUACAGCUGGACCUUGGGCCUGGAAGCCUGCAAGGUGGUAAUUUACCUUGUAUAUUGCAGUGUUUAUGGCAGCCAGCUGGCUGUGACAAUGCUGGGCAUCCAGCGCUACCUGGUGGUUGUACGCCUGAAGAAGUUCCUACAUCUUGGAAGGAAGAGGCUGCUGGUUCUGCUCUGGCUGGUUGCAGCUCUGCUGUCCAUCCCUGCUUUAGUGUUUCAAGAGCUGUACAGAUACCAGAACUGGUCAGAAUGUGUGCGUAUCUACUCCGCUGACCCUCCCAGGAUGGCUGCACUACUGACAGAAUCCGUAGCGGGAUUCAUUUCACUUUUUGUCGUGGCGUUUGCUUACAUCCAGGUCCGCAGAAAGGUGAACCAGGCAGCAUUUUUCAACAACCCCCAGACAAACAGACUGGUUACCAGCAUCAUUGUGACCUCUUUUGUUCUGUGGGUGCCGUAUCACACCGUGAAUGUGCUGAGUGUCGUGGCCAUUUCUCUCAACAUAAGGAGUUUGUGGAAUUUUUUCCACAAGACCUGGGGAAUUGUUGUCGCUGUAACAUUUGUGAACAGCUGCCUGAAUCCACUCCUGUACGCAUUUGCUUCUUACAAAAUGCGCCAAACCACAACAAAUAAUGCAGCCGCAGUUACCACAGAUGAAGAGUUACAAGAAUAAUAUCGCCAAGAUCAAACCAAAAGUUUCUGUUCGACUACCUCUGCUCUGCCUGAUUUUCUGCUUGAAUAAUGUGUAAAUAUUUUCAUAGAUGUUUGUGAAAUUUAAGCUUGAUAUAUCAAAUACUCUCUGAGGUGACAUUUCCACAGAGUGUUGCAUAAUUUCAGUGUAUAUUUGAACAGCAACAUCUCAGAAACUAUUAAAGAUAAAAGCCUGAAAGGCUUCCACUGUUAUUUGUCAUCAUGUCAUUGAUUCAGAAUCUGCAAUAUUGGACAAGAAGAUCAAUGCUCUCUGAUUAUGGGUGAAUUGAAAUGUAAAAAAGUGAAAUCACGAAAGUCAUGAAGAGUUCCAUCUUUGGGUUCAAAAUACCAAAAAACUAAUGAUAAUGCAGAAGCUGACUGGUGAUAUUUUCUGAACCAUAUAUAGAUUCAAUUCACAAUAAUGCAAACCAAACGUCAUAUGAAAUACUUGGUCACAGAAAUGACAAUAAAGCUAUUUUUGUUGAAUUUUGACAACUGAUUGAACAGAUUUGACAGGUUGUAACUCUGAAACUAAAAUAUUGCUCGAUAGUCUGAUCCAAGUAGAACAGAGUUCUGUAGUUUCAAAAUGGUUCUUCAAAUAUAAAUAUAUUAUAAAUAAGAAAAUUAUCUUCAGCUUCUUCAGACUUGGAUGAAGAUGAAACGUUUUAAUUAAUAGACAUUACUUGUAGAAAACUGUCGUCACUGACAUGAGUCUUUUUUUUGGUAAAUUCUUGUCCAAUAAUACAAAUUAAAUUGCCCAUGAUUCAGUAUGCUAAGCUAACUGGUUGAAUGUAGCAUUUUACUGUAAAGAUAUAAUAAAAAUAAUAUAUUUUUCAUAUCUUAAGUUCUGAUUCAUAUUACUUUAAUGAAAUGCUUUAAUUGUAAAGCAUUUAGUACCUCUGUUUUGUAAAGGUUAUUAUUAUUAGAAGUAUUAGAGUUAGUAGUAUUAUAUUUACUUUAUGUUGAAAGCAAAUAUUUUACAGAAAUAUUAUCUGAAAGGUGAAAUGCAGAAAAAUGUGUCCUGUGAUUUAUAUAACUGAUUUAUAAAUAAGUGAAUAAUAAAUGAAUAAGUUUUCUGUUGCAAAUUAUCAUGGUCGAGCUGAAAAAUUGACCAUUUUAUAUGCAGAUGGAUUGCUUGAUCUUAAACAGUGCAUCAAAUUUUAUAAUUCUGUCAAUUUUUGUAAGUAAAAUCUUGUUCUACGGUAGCUAACGUUGUCACGUAACACCUCAGCUCUGUGCAUCAGUCAUUUACAUGGUUUCCUAAUGGUGUACUUCUCAACCACACAACCAGCGAUGAUGCAAAGACAACUUCCUCUAAACUUCUUUGGUAUUUUUGAAAGGUUUUACUUCAUUUCGUCUGCAGACGCAUUAAUUGACUGUACAAAGAAU